AUACCUAUUUAUCCUCGUAAUGACUUAUGUAAAAUCUCGUUUGUUGUUUAUUUCAAGAUUCGUGUGCCACUGUACCUUUCUGCUGGAAGAACGUGCUAGCUUCACUCUUGAAAGUUAGUGAGGAGGAUGUUUCAACCGAGCCACAUACAUGAUCGCCUUGGACAAUAUUGUGAUAGGUAUUUCAAUUUCACGGUCUAAGAUGCUCAUUGUUUCAUUCUAUGCCAGCCAACAGUGAAAGAAGUAAAAGCAACAGUUAAGAGUUUAUACUGAAUUACUGGUUGUAGCUAUUGAGAAACCAUGGGUAAUUCCUCAUCCAGGCAACCUGAAUCACCAAAUGAUAACAGUAAUACUAGUAAUGUAGUUGUGCAGCCACCAAGUUCCUCUCAUCAUACAUCUGGAGUUCACUUGAGAACCAACUCUUCAGUCAGCUAUACUAGUACCUCUUCUGUAAAGCCAGCAGGCACUACAAGUUUACACAGGGUUACUCCUACUCCCUUACCAAACCCUCCAGUGUAUGUUAGCCAGGUUACUCCUCCUGUCUUAGCAAACCCUCCAGGGAAUUUUUUGGCACCAAGAAGCACAAGUUCCCCUACAGUUACUUCACCUGUUACUAGACCUCUGGUUGGUCACCAGAGUGUAGUACAUAGUGUCAAUAAUUACCUGAUAUCAGCUUCAAAGAGUUCCAAUAAUGAUGUACAUCUUGUAACUGUGCCUUUUGGGAACAUUAUAGAUAAAUUUUGUCUUCAUGUGUGUCCACAGUAUAAUAGCAAAGAAGGAUGCCGAGCUCCUUUGUGUAGAAGAAUACAUGUGUGUUAUUAUUGGAUUCUAGAUAAAUGUAGUAAUUCUGUUUGUGCAUAUGAUCACAGCAUUGAUGCAUUUCAAAAUAUUUUUGGUACUUUACGAGGAAGGAGAAAUGUGAAUACAUCACCAGUUGAAGUUUUAAGAGAUAAUCAUAGAUUCAACAGGAACAGUAAGAGGAAGAAUGAUGCUUGUGUGUGCAUGUUUUACUUGAUGGGGAAAUGUAAACAAAAUGAUUGUUCCCAUGUCCAUUCAAAAAAGUCAUAUGUAUGGGAAGUGAAAAAAGAUGAAACAUGGUUGCGUUUAUCUUAUCAGCAAAGUGAUGCAUUAGAAGAGUUGUUCUGUCAACCUGAUCAAGAAGUUGUUGAUUUGUUACCAAUACCACGAAUUAAGUCUAUGCAGGCUUUAACAAUGGCUCUGAAGCAAAACUUAAAAUGGAAAGCAGAUUUCCAGGCCAUGAAAGUGUAUAGUGGUCAUGUGUCAUAUGAAUUACGGAGACUUUCUACAGCCUCUGACAUCUGCUCCUUUAAGAGUAUGCAUAGAGUAGCAACACGGUGGAUUUGGUAUUGGCAGUCUUCUGAUACGGUGUGGAUUCCUUACAAAGAUGGUAUUCCUUGCAAAAGUGGUAUCACCAAAAAUUUUUACAAUAUAGCCCUAAGUGAUCAGUUGGAGCAUCAUUAUAAUUUCAGUGAAGAGAAUAACAUUGAAAUAAUUGUUGGGAAUUAUACUUACACUAUUGACAUGAAUACCAUGACGCAAACAAACAAGAGCUUAGGAACAGAAAGAAAAGUCAGGAGAAGACCAGUAUAUAAUUGGGUGAAAAACAAAGAUUUAUAUUUUGAUCAGUUCUUCACUUCAGCCUCUGUAGAGCAUGAUGUGGAGCGCCAUGAUGUACCAAUGACAAGCCCAGAGUUUUCAUUAGUUAAAAGUCUCAUGGAAGCAUCAAUGAAUAAAGUGUGUAUAUUGUCAGUGGAAAGAAUAAUUAAUAAGACUCAAUGGAAAGUUUAUCAGAAUAAGAAAGCACUACUAAAACAUUUAUAUCAAGACAACCAGUCCCUUAUAAAUGAACAGUUUCUUUUUCAUGGAACAAGGCACAGUGUUGUGGACCAAAUUUGCAAGGAUAACUUUGACUGGAGGCUCCACGGUACAAAUGUUGGAAGGGUAUAUGGUCAAGGUCUUUAUUUUUCCAAUCAUGCAAGUAUAUCAAACUCGUAUAGUGAAACGGAUUCAUCUGGCAUGAAAUGUAUGUUCAUAGCACUUGUGUUAGUAGGUUCAAUGACUGUAGGUAAUAGCAGCAUGAAAGUUCCACCAGUAUAUGACAAAACAAAUAGCCAGUUUAAUACGUCUUGUGAUACAGAGUAUAAUGCACGUAUUUUUGUAAAGUAUCAUAGGGAUGAGUAUUAUCCUGCAUAUAUUGUAUGGUUUCAAACUUAACUGUUUAUCCCCUUUAAACAUACAGGUGAUAUCUUUUUCCUACAUGUUACCAACAGGUAUAUCUUAAGGUGGGUACACACGUGCGAACCAAACCUUGUAUUGUAACCGAUUCUUGUAACAAAAACACAAGUGUGGACGGUUCCUCGAACCCGAACCCCGAACCUGUGAGGUUCGAGGCUCCGUUCGCCCUCCGUCCUGGCAAUUGUCGGUUUUUGGGCCCCGAAUCAAAGGGAGGUCUCUGAACGUUUCGCAGUGUGUGGACGGGACCUGUAUUACACGCGUAUCAACAGAGGUUGCUGAACUUGUUAACACCAACUAUGAACAAGGCCGUCCAUAGUAGAGUUCCUUGUUUUGAUCAGUCAGUAUGUAUAUGUCUACCAUGGCUGAUUGGAGUGAGGAAGAGGUCCUUCAAUUUAUUAGUUAUUACGAAGAAAAGACUUUACUGUGACCAGAAACUUCUUGGAAUCUCAUGUCAGCGAGUAAUUCCCAACCACUAUUCUACCCUUCUAGUAUAUAACCGUGAUUG